AUGUCGUGCGCCGUCCCGGCGGCUGCGGCGGGGGCCAGCGCGCUGCCCCGGGGCGCGACGGCCGAGGGCAGCCAGCAGAGUCAUGAAGAAGAUGACAGGAAGGUAAGGAGAAGAGAAAAAAAUCGAGUUGCUGCACAGAGGAGCCGGAAGAAGCAAACUCAGAAAGCAGAUAAACUUCACGAGGAAUAUGAGUCUCUUGAGCAAGAAAAUACCUCCUUAAAAAGAGAAAUUGGAAAGCUAACAGAUGAAAUGAAACACUUGAGUGAAGUGUUGAAGGAUCAUGAAAAGAUCUGUCCACUAUUGCACUGCACCAUGAACUUUGUGACCAUACCACGGCCUGAUGCACUUGCCAGCUGCCUGCCAAGAUGAGUGCUCUCCUCAAUCACCUUUAAAUGUGAUGUGUGGAAGUGCCAUUUACAGGACUGUUCAAGAACUGCCUACUCAUGGUGCAAGUCUUCCAUCUAAGAGGUCUGGACUUGACCACGCAGCUCUUCUCCAUGUUGAAGUGUUAUAGUCCUCUGAAUCUCAGGAUAACACCAGUAGGAAAAAAGAUAAUUGGAAGAGCAACUUCUUAUUUGGUAGAAUCUCAAGCCAUGGUUUUGCAUUCAGAAAUGUCAAAGUGCCGUGCAGCCCACUAUCGAGCGAUGGAAUGUAUACAGGGAAAAGUGCCGACCUCGGACCGGGAUGCCUUUCUCCUGCACAUCUGCUGCCAGUGACCCUUUGUAACUUGUCAUCCAUGUAUACCAUAUUCUGGCUGCUGUUUUUUAUCUCGCUAAACACGUUUGGUUAAUAAAAGCCAUGUCCCAUCUUUAUUAUGUUCUCCAACUUCUUCAAUAAUCAAUGUCUUUACAACAUCUCUACUGUUUCUUUGCUGGUCAAAUCCAAAGUCUAAUGCUAAUCUUCUCAUCAGUUGUUCUAUCAUUUGCUUGUCACCUUUUCAUUUGUUCCUCUUUUGAAGUGUGUGUAACAAAAGAGUUUUCUUAUCUUUAUUUCUUUGUUAACCCAAAUCAGCUCUGCUGACAUUAGUUCUUGGAGUGUUUUAUAUCCCAAAAUAUGGCUUGACCAGUUUCUAAUGAUGAUUGUCUGCUCUGUGUGGAGGAAAAGCAAACAGAGUUAGCUGGUUUUCACAUUGUUUUAAAAAUCAGAUUUUAAAAUUUACACUUUUUAGGCACCCACUGGAAAUGAACAAAUAUCUUUAUCCUUCCUUCAUCUUGCUUAUUGCUACUAAAAACUAUGACCAUGGAUAGAACAAAUUGAGUUCAGUAAGCAUUUUGUUCUGUGUCCACACUGAAGGUGGUUGAUAACUGCUUGCAAGAAAAACUUUGUUUUCUUUAAAUUUUUCUUUUUAGUUACAAAAAAGAAGUAUGACAAUGUUAAUGGGAAAUGUACUGAAAAAUGUGAUUCCUUUCUCUGAAGGUUCUUAUUAGUGUCAAGCUCUAGAAAUGUGAGUGCUGUAGCCUGGAAUCCAGCAAAGAGGGUUUUUCUCACAGUAUUUUCCAGUC